GCUCUUAGCAGCGUCCCCUUGCCAUGAGUCAAAUUCACUGCUGACCAUGUGCCACUUACCUGGUCAUAGACCAGUGUCAUGUCCUAUUGGGAAACAACGCCUCCGCAUAUCUGCACUAUGGCCCAAGUGCGUCGCGCCUUGGCGACCUGUGCAGUUUUGACAGCAGCCAGAAACUCGCUGCCACAGAUCCAGGUCUUCGCAGCCCCCCGCAUGGAGUCCAAGCUUGCCGAGCACAACCAGUAUCAGGCCAAGACCUUCGACGAGAAGUCCGACUUCUUCGCUUCGGAGAAGGCCACGCCCGCCUCGGUGGAGCCCAAGCUGCGGCGCAUCGCCUGCAGCUGCCGCCUGGAGACGCCCGGGACCACGCUUCUGGACGUUGGCACCGGCACAGGCGCGCUGCUGCCCUUCUUCCAGGAGGCCGGGGUGGAUUUGGCCCAGGUGGUGGGGGUGGACCUCAGCGCCGGCAUGUUGGGCUUCGCCAAGGAGCGCUUUCCGGAGACGACCUUCGUCCAGGAGGACGUGCUCCAAUUCCAGGGCGGGCGCUUUGACCGGGUCGCGCGCGCUGAAAGCCGGCUAUGUCCAGCAUGGGGUUUGCCUGUCGUCUUCAACGCCUGCUUUGGGAACCUCUUCGACCCCGUGGCCGUGCUGCGGCAUGUGGCCCGGGACUUGCUGAGCGACGGCGGCUUGGUGGUCAUCAGCCACCCCCUGGGCCGGCCCUGGCUGCGCACGCUGCAACAAAGCGACCCCCGUAUGGUUCUUCACGAUCUUCCCGGGAAAGAGCAGCUCAAGACGAUGCUCGCGGAGGUGCCCGAGCUGGAGUUGGAGUCUCUGGAGGACGACGCAGAUUUCUACUGCUUGGUCCUGCGUCGAAGAUGAAGUACAAUGACAUCCAUUUGCGCGUGCAGAGCGAUGUGGCGCUGGUCUUUGGUGCCCGGUGCAAUGGUGGUUUUUCUUUCCGAAGGGAGCUUUUUUUGCACUUGGGCCAGUUCUUAAAACUUGGUCCGGCGGGAUCUGGAACAGCUGAAUAUCUUUUCGGGCUUGUGUGCUAUGCCACGGGUCAUUUGGAACCCUCAUGUACAGCGUGGCAUUGGCGUAUUCCUCCAGACCACUGCCGAUGGCAGGUUGCAGGGGGGCCCAUUUAGAAGGCACUCAAGCUUUACAAGCUGCGCGCAUAGGUGUUCUCUCAAUGCGUUGCCAGACAGCAGGGCUGCAGGGACAAACUUGUGUGUCCUGUGCCGCGGAG